AGGAAAAUCACACGUCACAACACAGCUGGCUAGCCGAGAUGUUGAACAUGUCCAAGGAAAGUCUCUCUGGAUAACAUAGGUUUCUGGCAAUGAAAAAGACCCACAUCAAUUGAUAAAUAUAUAUAGAUAAAACAUGGAUGUGUUGCGCCCUGUCCUUGUUAACAUAAACGGAAGAAUAUACAGAAAGAAUGCUGUGAAAGAGGAGUCUUACGAAGAAGAGGAUGAUUAUUCAUAUUAUGGAACUGAGCCUGACGAAUGCACAGACGAGCCUUGCGACCUCCACGCCAUAGAACAAACAGAGAAAGGCUUCAGAUGUUCCAUCGACAUCCCAAGUGUGCUUUACAAGUACGUCAUUGGGAAGAAAGGAGAGACCAGGAAACGGCUGGAGUCAGAGACAAAGACGUCAAUCAACAUUCCCAAGCAAGGGAUGGAGGGCCCUAUAGUGAUCACAGGAGCGCAGAGGGCAUCAGUGGCGUCAGCUGUCACGCGUCUCGAGCUUCUCAUCGAGAGCUUUCGCAAGAAGCAGCCUUUCACCCACUUCCUGUCGUUCCCGUUGAACCACCCGCGCGUCCAGGACGGCUUCCUGCGCUUCAAGGAGGAAGUCCUGGAGCAGUGCUCACAGGACAUGGGUGUGGAUGGCAGCAUCUUCCAGAACCCCAGUAAGCUGCACCUGACAGUGGGCACACUGGCACUGCUGAGCCAGGCAGAGGUGGAGCGGGCAGCACAACUGCUGCUGCAGUGCCAAGACUUCAUCAGAGAUCUGACAGAGGGGAGGCCCAUCACACUGGUCGUGUCUGGGAUAGAGUACAUGAAUGACGACCCCUCCAUGGUGGACGUUCUCUACGCUAAGGUUCAGGUCAAAGAUGGCUCCGACAUGCUGCAGGUGAUUGCAGACAGGCUGGUGGAGCACUUUGUCAGCGCGGGGCUGAUGACCAGGGAGUACGACCGCGUCAAGCUGCACGGCACCGUCAUGAACACCCUCUUCAGAAAGGAUCCCAACGCGGAGGACAAGGGCAGCCAUGGAAAACAAAAUGCCAAAGAUCGUGAGGCGUUUGACGCAAGAAACAUAUUACAGAUCUUUGGGGAGUUUCAUUUUGGUGAGUUUGAGCUGAACACGGUGCAGAUAUCUCAGCGGUUCUCUACAGACUGCACUGGUUACUACACCCCGGCCGGAGAAGUCACAUUUUCCUGAGGACGCGCAGAAAAGAAAUACAAGAGAGAGCCUGGAGUGUCUAAAUGGUCAAAAGUGGAACUUUCUUACCUCUGAUCGGAGUGAUCUACGUCUGCAAACUGGAAGCUGCAGCCAGUGGAAGAAUGGACAGUGAAUUCACCAGUGCUUGAAAUGUAAGGAGCAGUAUGUAGGAUGGUGGCCAGAGUAGGUAUUGCAACUAUGCUGCUUAUUGAAACUGUGCUGCCUAUUGCCACAUUCUAUAUUUUUAUGAACAUUUACUAAUCAAUAAACUACUAGUAUGACCAAAGUACAGUAAGUUUUGCGGCUAAAAAUGUCUUUUUUUGGACAUUCAAAAUGGCGGACAUGGAGAAGAGCCGUGCAAUUUUCCCAGUCAUAAUGAACACUUAGAAUUUGAUGGUGGUGGUAUUUGUGAAAAAACAUUUGUGAAUGGGCAGCAUGGAUUCUGGAAGUUCCUAAAAUAUUACAUAGUGCAGCUUACUAUGAAUUCAAGUGAUCAAAAUAGGAGGAAGUCCACUGUUAUACCACACUCUUGCACGGUCCUGCAGUGCCUAACAACAAACCAACAUUUAUCUACAAAUAACUGUGCCAUGGGGUAUUCAUCUGCACAAUCAAAGGACAUUGGCUGUGUGUUAAAAGCCCCCCAUACUUUUGUACAGCAUGCAGUAGACUCGUCUACCAUGUAUUUCUGAGUUUUCCCUGUGUGUGGAUCAUGCACAAAAGACUAUUCUACCGACAGACCAGCAGAGGUCCUCGCAUCAUACGCAUUGACACACCAUCGUCUUGUAUGUGAAGGAUGACACAUUUUGAAAGGGACAUUUUUUGUCAACAAUGCAAAAACAUUAAUAAACACAAACAUGUGAAUUA